CUCCCUUUUGGAACCAGCCUCGAGGGGCCGUUCGAUUAACUGCAGUUUUUUGGCACUUCGGCAUCGGCUUACUCAUUCAGCAGCAGCAGGGUUGCUUCUUUUUCAGAAUGCAAUUGAUUGUUGUUGUGUUGUUGUGUGCUUGUUGUUGAAGGAGCGUGACUCUGGGUCAGUUCUUGGAUCAGGGCCAGAAGCUGCUGCUGGUCCUCAUCAGACAUUUCGGAUGACUGCCGUGACGAGACCAUGUGGCCGAGCUGGAGGCCAGUCGGGUUCUCCUGGAGGCUCGGGCGGUGCGGGUCUUAGUGGUCUCUUUCGGGGGUCUGGAGGGGGCUCAGGUGUGGCGCGAGCAGACUGGAUGCACCUUCGACAUGCUGCUGGAUCCGCAGAGAACGGUCUACAGGAGUUUCGGCCUCGGCUCGUCCUACUUCAAGGUGAUGAGGUUUGGCUCCUUGCUGAAGUACUCCGAGUACAGAGCUGGGGACCGAGACUUCCCCGACGUCCCCCCUCACCUGCUGGAAGACCUGUACCAGAUGGGGGGUGACUAUUUGCUGGAUGACAAAGGGAGGGUCCUUCUCUCUCACCCGUCUAAAGACCCGAUGGACAGGCCGAGUGUGGCGGCCAUCUUGCGGGCCGCGGACCCUGCAGGCCGCUCUCUGUAAAGGAACUACAAGCUGUCGGAGACAUGUGGACAUUGGAGACACUCAGGUUCUCAGGGGGGGGGGGGGGGGGGGGGGGGGGUAAGUGGUUACAUCACUGACACCACAGAGGAAGAGCAGGUCUUUGACUCACGUUUAUGACGUCACGUCUCGCACUCAUGACGCCAUGAAGAGGUGUGACCGAGAACUGUAAGCAAGGAUCUGCUUUGUUGUUAGUGUUGUGAUGUAAUUCAGUAUAAAGUUCCUAUGAUAUAAUACCAGUGGUAUUUAACUUAAAAAAAACUAAUUUUAGAAACUGAUUUAAGCCUUGUGUUGUCUCCUUGUCAAAAUUGAAAAUCAACACUUUUGUUGAUAGUUUUUAUCAAUUAAAAAAAAUCAUUAAACACUGAA